AAGAGAGAGAUAAAAUGCAUGUUAUCUUAUUCUGAAGGUUCAAACUCUUGGUAAUUUUUUGUGCAUUUGAAAGCUUGGCUUUAAUACAUUCAGACUACAUUCUACAGUCCUUGUAAACCUGCUAUCGUUAUUUAAAAAAUUCUCUAACUCUAGAAAAGAGAUAUUUGUCUGGUGCAUAUUGUUGUAUGCAUUUCUUUCGUAAAUAUGGAAAUCAUAAAUUGGUUGAAAGAAGGAGUAGCCUUGUUAGAGAGAGAGUUCGUUAAGUAUGGCUUGAUUGACCCAAGCAAACACACGUCCGGAAAAACAGUUAUUUCGCCCACGAGUUCUUCAGAGAAGGUAGAUAUCCAGGAAAUAGUGCAGCCUGGGCCCGAAGGCAAUUCCAAUUUGUUAUUCGAGAGGGAUAAAAAGAAAACAUGUGAAUCUAAAGAAUUAGUGUCUGAUUCGAAACCGGAAAAGUUUGAGGUAACUGCCUACAAAACAAAUACUCAACUCAACAGCUCCGCAUCACCUGAUCUAGAUAACGUUGAUUCAGAUGACUAUGGGUGGCCUCUCGAGCUGGUUCUUGUGCGUCAUGGACACAGCGAAGGAAAUGAAGCCGUCAACCGAUCCUCUCGAAACGACUUAUCUGCCUACACGCCUGAAUUUAAAAAAAAGCACUCUUCGACUUACCGUCUCACGGACAAGGGAAUCAUGCAGGCUCAAAUUGCUGGAAAAUGGAUUCGUGAAAACAUUGGAGAAGUGUUUGAUCGGUAUUACACGAGCGAGUAUGUUCGAGCUAUGGAGACGUCCGCAUACUUAAACUUACCCAAUGCUAAGUGGUACACGGAGAUUGUGCUCCGAGAGAGAGAUAAGGGAUGGCUUGACAAUACCUCACACGCGGAUAAGAAGCAUUUAUUUGCUGAUGAGUUGGAACGCCGAAAACGGGAUGCUUUUUUUUGGGCACCUCCGGGCGGUGAAAGCCUCGCUAACGUUUGCAUUCGCGUAGAGCAUACCUUCGCCACACUUCGCCGAGAAUGCAGCAAUCAGAAAGUGAUUAUAGUCUGCCACGGUGAAGUUAUGUGGGCUUUCCGUGUCCGCAUCGAAAAAUUAAGCCAGAUUCGCUUCCAUCAGCUCAAAGCAUCUUCUGACCCUAAAGACCGGAUUCACAACGCACAAAUUCUCCAUUAUUCUCGUAUAGAUCCGGUCACCAAUAAAGUAUGGCCAUACUUUAGGUUUAUGCGAAGUAACUGUCCUUGGAACCAAGAAUAUUCAUCUGGGUCUUGGAUUGAAUUCGAAAGGCCGACUUAUACGAAUGAAGAACUCAUGAAUUCGGCUCAGCUAGUUCCACGCUACGUCAACAGCGACUAUUUAAUCAACUUAAAAACUGAAGAGGAAUCGGACCUCUGAAGGAUGCAGGUUUGUCCACACAAGUUCACCGCUUCAACAUGAAUGGAAAUAGAAAUUAUAUAGAAAUAUCACCAAGGCGGUAGUAAUUCGAAAGCAGAUAAACGGAGUGCUUUCAUCAAAAAGAAAGGUAAUUAAAACAGCAUUCGCCAGAGGUAACAGGGACCAAAAAUUGAAUGUAUAUCCUCCUGCGAGUACCUGAUUUUUGCGUCUUUUUACUCGCGUGCUUCGGAUAGAGACGUCAACAAGUAACCCUCGUCAAAAGAAAAUUACUAACAGUUUUGGCAAUCCAAGGCGCCUCGAUCUAAGACAAUAUUAAUUCAAAAUAGGCAGCCUGUUAGCGCAUCUUCUCACGACGCCUGGAUUUUUGCCUAGUAAAUUCUUGAACAAAUAUGACACAAUAGAGCUAUACACAUUUUUAAUAUAGGCACUCCAAUUCCCCCAACAAUAAAAAUGCAAUCGUCAGAUAUUUUUUUUCUGCUAUUCCAUUCACCCGUA